CAGUACCCAGUCAGUUGAAAUCGAAACGCCUGUAGAGGUACCUACCUAAAUAUUAAGUAAGUAUCUACCUACAUUCUACCAACACUAAACAUUCAUCGUGCACCUGAUGGAAUGAAAUAUCCCAUCUUUGCUAGUGCACAUCACUUGAUUUGAUUGCUAUGGACACUGGACAGGUAGAGGUACCAAGGUACCCACUCCAUAACCCAUACCAUACCUAUACCCACUGUAUACGUAUAGUUCUAUACAGUUAGUUGAACGUUUCUAAAUUUCGGUUAGAAUACCUGUUUCGUUUUUCUACUCUCCUAUCCCCGGUGCUCUCUGAAUUGUGUUAAGAAUGUCUCUAAAAGUAAAAGAGUUCAUAACCGAACGUACAAGCAGAAGUGACCUCAAUGUACGGCAACAGCAGCCGUAGACAAAGUAUAGGUAGAUACAAUACGCAUAUCGUGUACCUAAAGUGAAAAAUCCAGUUUUAUUAAUUUUUAUCAUCAUUUUCAGUGUUGAGAUUUGUUACGCGGUGUUCUGAUGAUGUACACAAAAUAAAAUAAAUUAGGUAUAUUCAACUCGUAAAAUAAAAUCGUUCCAAAGAUGAAAUUGUUGAAAGCCGGGAAAUGUGUCAGUAAGGCGAGACUUGAUGGAAAAACAGCCAUAGUUACCGGAUCAAAUACUGGAAUUGGUAAAAUAACGGCAAGAGAAUUUUACAGAAUUGGUGCCAGAGUUAUAUUAGCAUGUCGUGAUGCAGAAAAAGCUGCCAAAGCUGUCGAUGACAUCAAAGAAACUGUCAAGUCGGAGGACAAUCAACCUUUGGGAGAGCUAGUUAUUAAAAAAUUAGAUCUCGGUUCUUUAUUGUCUAUCAAGGAAUGUGCUAAGGAUAUCCUUCAAUCUGAAGAACGUAUAAAUAUAUUGGUAAAUAAUGCAGGUGUUAUGAUGUGUCCGAAAAGUAAAACUGCAGAUGGGUUUGAAUUGCAGUUUGGAACCAAUCAUCUAGGACAUUUUUUGUUUACUUGUUUGUUGCUUCCUCGAAUUAGGCAUUCUACGCCUGCAAGAAUAGUGAACGUUUCAUCUUUAGCUCAUAAAAAGGGUAGAAUUCAUUUCGACGAUAUAAAUCUAGAAAACGGCUACACGCCGUUUGGAGCUUAUGCACAGAGCAAAUUGGCUAAUCUUUUAUUCAGCCACGAACUCGCGACAAAACUAAAAGGCAAAGGCGUAAACGUGUACUCUCUGCACCCAGGUAUUGUGCGUACUGAAUUAGGACGUCAUUUAAAUUCUAUUUAUUUCCCUGGAUUUCGCUCUGUAGUUCGCCUAGCCUUCUGCCUGUUUGAUAAAACUCCUGAGGAAGGAGCGCAAACGACCAUUUAUUGUUCAAUUGAAGAAAGUUUGGAGGACGAAACCGGAUGUUAUUAUAGUGAUUGCAAAAAGGAGACUCCUUCAACUGCAGCAACAAAUGCCGAAGAAUCGAAAAAGUUGUGGGAUUUAAGUUUAAAAAUGACAGGAUUAGGCGAUUGGGAUCCGUUUACAGCGCCUAAUGAUAUUCUGCCACCAUCGUUAACGAAUAUUUAA